AUGGGAAAAAAAGCCAUCGACUCGCGGAUCCCCGCGUUGAUCCGAAACGGAGUCCAGGAAAAGCAGCGGUCCUUCUUCAUCAUCGUGGGCGACCGCGCGCGCAACCAGCUCCCCAACUUGCACUAUCUUAUGAUGAGCGCCGACCUCAAAAUGAACAAGUCUGUUCUCUGGGCGUACAAAAAACAGUUGUUGGGGUUCACGUCGCACCGCAAGAAGCGCGAGAACAAGAUCAAGAAGGAGAUCAAGCGGGGCACACGCGACGCCAACGACCAGGACCCGUUCGAGGCCUUUAUCUCCAACCAGCACAUCCGCUAUGUCUACUACAAGGAAACGGAGAAGAUCUUGGGUAACACGUACGGCAUGUGCAUUUUGCAGGACUUCGAGGCGCUCACGCCCAACUUGUUGGCGCGGACGGUCGAGACCGUUGAAGGCGGCGGUCUUGUGGUGAUUCUCUUGAAGUCCAUGACGUCCUUGAAACAGCUCUACACCAUGACCAUGGACGUGCACUCGCGGUACCGGACCGAGGCGCACGGCGACGUGGUGGCGCGUUUCAACGAGCGCUUCUUGUUGUCGUUGGGCCUGUGCGCCACGUGCUUGGUGGUGGACGACGAGUUGAAUGUUUUGCCUGUUCUGGGCGGGAAAAACGUCGUGGCGUUGCCGCCGCCCGAGGACGAGACACAAACAGAACUCGACCUGUUGAAGGAGUCGCUUGCCGAGGUGCAGCCCGCGGGCUCGCUCGUGGCGCUCCUGAAGACCGUCAACCAGGCCCAGGCCAUCUUGACGUUUGUGGAUGUCAUUUCGGAGAAAAGCUUGCGCAGCACCGUGGCGUUGACGGCAGGCCGUGGUCGAGGCAAGUCGGCGGCGCUCGGCAUUGCCAUUGCCGCGGCCAUUGCCCACGGCUACUCCAACAUUUUUGUGACGUCGCCGUCGCCGGAAAACUUGAAGACGCUUUUCGAGUUUGUGUUCCGCGGCUUCGACGCCUUGGGCUACGCCGAGCACGCCGACUACGACGCCGUGCAGCUGACCAACCCGUCUUUCAACAAGGCCGUCGUUCGUGUCGACGUCAAACGCUCCCACCGCCAGACCGUGCAGUACAUUGCCCCAACCGACCACCACCUUUUGGGCCAGGCGGAGCUUGUCAUUGUGGACGAGGCCGCGGCGAUUCCUCUCCCCGUCGUGCGCCGUCUCUUGGGGCCCUACCUCGUGUUCAUGGCGUCCACCAUCAACGGCUACGAAGGCACCGGCCGCUCGUUGUCGUUGAAGUUGAUCCAGCAGUUGCGGGAAAAAUCGGCGCAGGCCGACUCCUCCGACACGGGCAGAACGCUCCGUGAAGUGGUGCUCGACGAGCCCAUCCGGUACGCGCCGGGCGACCCGGUGGAGAAGUGGCUCAACAAGCUCUUGUGUCUCGACGCCAGUGUGUCCAAAACUUCGCGAGGAACACCGCACCCGGACGAGUGCACGCUCUUCCGUGUGGACAGAGACACGUUGUUCUCGCACCACCCGGUGUCGGAGGCGUUUUUGCACCGCAUGAUGGCGCUCUACGUGUCGUCGCACUACAAGAACUCGCCCAACGACCUCCAGUUGAUGAGCGACGCGCCUGCGCACCAGCUCUACGUGCUCUUGCCGCCGCAGAAGCAGGGCGACCGCCGCAUUCCCGACCCGCUCUGCGUGGUGCAGUUGGCCUUGGAGGGCCAGAUCUCGAAGGAGAGCGUGCGGGCGCAGUUGGCGAGAGGACAACGCGCUGGCGGCGACUUGAUUCCGUGGCUCGUGGCGCAGCAGUUCCAGGACGACGAGUUUGCGUCGUUGAGCGGCGCCCGUGUGGUUCGCAUAGCCACAAACCCGGACUAUGCUGGAAUGGGCUACGGCUCGAGAGCGCUCUCGUUGUUGAAGGACUACUUCGAGGGCAAGCUCACCGACAUCUCGGAGAACGACGUGGUGGAAAAGUCCGUUGCCCGUGUCUCCGACGCCGAGCUUGCGGGCGCCUCGCUCCAAGACGAGAUCCGCCUGCGCGACGCCGCGUCGUUGCCUCCGUUGCUCUUGCAGCUCUCGGAGACGCCGCCGUGCCACUUGCACUACAUGGGCGUGUCGUACGGCUUGACGCCGCUGUUGCACCGUUUCUGGAAGCGUGCCGGCUUCGUGCCGGUGUACUUGCGCCAAACGGCCAACGCUCUUACAGGCGAGCACACAUGCGUGAUGCUCCAUACGUUGGGCGGCGAGGCGGCGUGGCUCACGGCGUUUGCGCGCGACUUCCGCCGCAGAUUCAUCAGCUUGUUGGCGUACGACUUCCGCAAGUUCCCGGCGUCGCAGGCGUUGGCGGUGCUUGAGGCGGCCGGAGACGCCGGCGCAGCCAAGUUGGCCCGUGCCGAGGUCGACGCGCACUUCUCGCCGUUCGACUUGAAGCGUUUGGACUCGUACGCCAGCAACUUGGUCGACUACCAUGUGAUUUUGGACAUGCUUCCGCAGAUGGCCCAGUGGCAGUUUGCCGGCCGCACAGACGUGUCGCUCUCGUCGGUUCAAAGUGCCAUUUUGAUGGCCGUCGGCCUUCAGCACAAGGACAUGGACACGGUGUCUGCUGAGUUGGGCCUUCCUGCUGCGCAGCUGAUGGCCAUGUUCGCCAAGAUCAUCCGCAAGUUCUCGACGUUUUUCCGCAGCGUGCUUAGCCGGGACAUCGAGUCGCAAAUGCCGCAGUUGGAGGACGAGGCUGUGCGUGAGAUGGAGGGCGAAACAGAGCACAUUGACGCCGCGGCAGUCGAGCUCCAGAUGACCAAGGACUUGGACGCCGAAGGUGCAGAUGCCGUCCAGGCUUUGAGACAGAAAGAGUUGAUCAGUGCGUUGAACUUGGAAAAGUACGCCAUCGAAGACAUGGGCGACUUGGACGAGAAGGAGGCGAAGAAGGCCGCUGCCCGCAACGGUGUGGUGAGUGUCAAGACCAAGAAACCAAAGCGCAAGACCGAAAGCGCCGAGCAGAUUUACGAGACCGAGAUGAAGUCGACAAAGAAACAAAAGAAGAAGAAGCACUAG